UGAGAGGAACGUCUCAGAAAGGUGACGUGUUGGUUCACUGUCGCUAGAUGUGACGUCAGCGCGGUAGUUUGGAACUGACUUAAAGUGGCGUCUUCAGAAAAGCAGACAGUAUAACCUCAGGAAUCACAAGGUGUAGACCGCCAUGGCCAGCCCUCCUUUGCAGCAGUCCAGCUUCUUACUUGCCAGCCUGAAAGCAGAUUACUUGAACAAGCCUUUUCUUCAGCGCUGUCAAGAUCUGGUCAAGGUUAUCGAUGACUAUCCAGCUAAGGAGCUGCACUUGCUCUUCACCUGGCUGGUGGAGAGUGUGUUUGGCAGCCUGGAUGGCAGCAUUGUGGGUUGGAAUCUGUGCUUUGUGCAAGCACGGACUAACGAGUACAAUGCUAUUGUGGAGUUCCUCGAUCCCAGUGGCCCAAUGAUGAAACUGGUGUACAAAUUACAUGCUGAGGAAUACAAGUACGAAUUUCCAAUCUCCUAUCUCCCAGGUCCUGUAAGGGCUUCAAUCCAGGAGGGUGUCCUGCCAGAUUGCCCGAUUUUCCACAACAAACUCCAAUUCCCACCUUCAGGACUCCUGAGCCUCAGCCUCUCGCUCAAUCCCUUUGAAUAUUACAUGUUUUAUUUUGCAGCAAGCCUCAUUGUUCAAAGAAGCUACCUACCAGGUCAGCACUUCAGUCCUUCAGACAGUGCUUAUUUUGUGCUGGUUGACAGUUACCUAAAGUAUUUCUUACCUACGGAGGGGAACGUUCCACCUUCUCUUGUUCCGGUCGUCAGAGGAACAGUGUCACCUCCUCCUCCAAGGUCCCCCACAGUGCCAUUCACAGGCUACGGUGUCCACCACACCAGCCUCCUGAAGCGCCACAUUUCACACCAGCCCUCUAUGAACGCAGACCCGGCUGCACAGGAGAUCUGGAGGUCUGAAACCAUUCUUCAGGUGUUUGUCGAGAUGUGGCUUCACCAUUACUCCCUGGAGAUGUAUCAGAAGAUGCAGUGUCCACAGGUCAAGCUGGAGUUGCUCCAGUACCGACUCGGUAUUUCCAGUAUGCACUGCAGCACUCCCACCCAGUCUGGCUAUGGGACCCUCCACACGUACCAAGAGCCCUUCUGCCCUACAGAGGAGCAUGUUCUGGUGGUGAGACUCCUCGUAAAGCACCUCCAUUCCUUCUCCAGCAGUCAGAGACCAGAGCUGAUCACCUCGUCCCCCUCUGCACACUCUCACUCCAGCCCACUUGAGGAGUUUAAACGAGUUGUGAUCCCUCGCUUUGUGCAGCAGAAGCUGUACGUGUUCCUGCAGCACUGCUUCGGUCACUGGCCCCUUGACACUUCCUUCAGAGCGGUUUUAGAAACAUGGUUAAGUUACUUGCAGCCAUGGAGAUAUACCCCUGAAAAGCAGAGCCCCCACAUGGACAGUCAGGACCGCACUGUGCCAGACAAAUGGGCUGCCUUUGUGCAGGAGAAUUUGUUGAUGUACACCAAACUGUUCCAAGGAUUUUUAAACAGAACCAUUAGGACUGACCUUGUUAACGUAAAUAACGCACUGAUGGUUUUCAGAGUGGCAAAAGUCUUUGCUCAGCCUAACCUAUCAGAAAUGAUCCAGAAAGGUGAGCAGCUGUUUCUGGAGCCGGAGCAUGUCCUCCAUCACAGGCAGCACCGCUUCCUGACGCCCAGCCUCGGCGGCAGCUUCCUGUCCUCACGGCAGCCCUUCAUCACAGACUCCGUCUUCAAGGUGAAGAGUCACGUCUACAGCCUGGAGGGCCAGGACUGCCAGUACAAGCAGAUGUUUGGAGCCGAAGUGCGCAACACGGUGUUGCGACUUUCCCAGUUAAUAGCACAAGCCAAACAAACAGCCAAAUCCAUAUCGGAUCAUUCUGCGGAAGCAGCUGCUAACCAGUCAUUCCUCUCGUGGUUUGGGUUCGAAUCUUCAGAUCUAAACACCUCCUAUGUGGGGAACGACAUAGAUUAUAUGGGACUGGACAGCAUAAAGAAGACUGAUGAAUACUUGGACAGAACACUGGACUACAUCUGUCAGAUAUUUAAGCUGAAUGCAGCUCAGCUGUCCCAGCUGAUGGUGAGUUUUGUGUCGACGCAGGACGAUGGUGGAUCGAAGCAGCUUCCUGACUGUAUACAGGGAGCAAAUGGAUUAUUGCUAACAGAUCUGGGGAGGUUGCAGAUGAUAAACGGACUGCGCAAGUUUGACAUCGACUAUCAAGGAGACCCUGAAUUGCAGCCGAUAAGAAGUUACGAAAUUGCUGUGUUGGUUCGUCUCUUGUAUCGGCUGUCAUCUCUGAUAAACGAGCGGUUUGCAGGAGAGAUGCAGUCGCUUUGUUCAAGACAAGAUUUUAGCGGCCGGCUAGCCCGUUAUUAUUUGACUGCGUCGUCCGUGGCACAGACGUCAAAGCGAAGCCCCUUGACACGCCGCAGCCUAGAGAGACGACCCCAGCCACGGAUCAGCCUGAGAUACCUGGCCAGCUACCGCACCCUGCUCUCCAUCUUCAUGCUCUAUGUAAUAUCUUCCUUUUUUGGCUUUGGGCCUGUGUCUUUCAUCUUCUGGGGGCUGCUUGCUUGUUUUUGUUAUGGAGUUGUUAUGGCAAUGUUUGCUGACAAGCGAAAAACUCAUUAACAGUGAUGCAACCUGUUUUUUUUUGUUUUUUUUUUAAUAUAAUUAAAAAACAAAUGCCGUGCAUUACA